GAGGUGUUGUUCCUAGCUACUCGCUUGCCGUCACUUACUUCAGGCCCCUCUUUGCGUCUCCACUGAACCGCGCACUACGUCGGCGUCGCCGACAUGAACGCACCGCCGGCAUUCGAGUCGUUCCUGCUGUUCGAUGGUGAGAAGAAGGUGACCAUCGAGAAAGACACCAAGGUGCCCAACGCGGCCAUCUUCACGGUCAACAAGGAAGACCACACGCUGGCCAACAUGAUCCGCGCGCAGUUGCUCAAGGACCCCUGCGUCCUCUUCGCCGGCUACAAGGUGCCCCAUCCUCUGGAGCACAAGUUCAUCCUGCGCCUGCAGACCACGCCGGACAACACUCCGCAGGAGGCCUUCACCAACGCCAUCACCGACCUGAUCAGUGAGCUGUCGCUGCUCGAAGAGCGAUUCAAGGAGGCCGUCAGAGAGAAGCACGAUGGCCUGGAGUAAUUCAUUACUUUGCUUUGGUCACUGUGAACUCAUCCGGGCAACUUGGUCUUGCUGCUUACUCCUUACGGAGUAAGACGUGUAUCAACAGACUGUACAUAACUCAUAGAAUUGAAUGUUUUCUUCCUCCUCGCCAACAGACUUGCCGUUUCGUGCACGAGUUGCGCACUCGGCGCCAGUUCGCGUUUUGUAGUUUUGCCGACCCAAUCGGGGAGUGCUCGUUUAACGCUGUGCCAGAGCAGCCUCGCUGUGGCGAGAACUCCCGUGAACGUGCUCCGAAUACCGCCAGCUACUUCACUGCUUGCAGGAUUAGUCUUUAGCUCGCGUUUGUUGUUCAAUGCCUCUUUACUUCAUCUCAUUAAAGCAUGAUGAAUUCCUUGAGCAUGAAUUUUGACAUUGGGAUACCCUCUGUGAGCCAUGUUUCAUGUUCAUUUAACCUUCUGUCUGGCUGAUGUGUUAGCUUAACUACGCAAUGUCGGCUGCGGACCCUACAACCAAAAAUGCAUUGCAUGGCCUUGUAAAAAACAAGCUUUAAAGACUAUUUCUGAGCUCCUAGUUGUCUUGGUACAGCCAGCCAUUUUGAAACUAUUAUUCAAUAAUUGUUGGCAGUCCUUGUAGCAGAAUUCUACUAUUUUUUUAAUAACUGACUGGCUAUUUUGGCUCUUUCAGUUUUGUGAUCACGUAAAUAAACCCAAGCUUUUGUUUUGAAGCUGGU